GGAUCUCAAUUCGCGUAACAAGCGGUUAAAAAAAUUAAAAAAAGGACUGUUUCUGGAGGCUUCCUGGGGCUGGAGGCGUGGGUGUCUUUUCGAGGCCUUCCUUCUCAUCUCCCUCUCCCUCCAUCCCUUCCCCCACCCUCGCGAAGCGGCGGGGGCUUUUUUGCUUGCGUGCAGGGGAUGGAACCCCGCCGGCUCUCUGGCCCAAAACUUCGCCGCUAUUUCUAGUGCUCCGGCGCCGGAGGAAGGGGCCGUUUAUGGUAUCAGAGCGGCGGUGUGGGGGGUUUGCAAUGGCCGCCGGGGGAGAGAAGACCGGCGAUUUCUACGCUGUCCUUGGCCUCAACAAGGAGUGCUCCGACGCGGAGCUCCGGGAUGCCUACAAGAAGCUCGCCAUGAGAUGGCAUCCGGAUAAGUGCUCGGCGUCGGGGAAUUCGAAAUGCGUGGAAGAGGCCAAGGAGAAGUUCCAGGAGAUCCAGGAAGCCUACACCGUUCUCUCUGAUUCCAACAAGAGAUUCUUGUACGACGUAGGAGUCUACGACAGUGACGACGACCACAACGGAAUGGGAGAGUUCCUCGGGGAGAUGGCACAGAUGAUGAGCCAAACCAAGCCCAACGACAAGGACCACGAGACCUUCGAGGAGUUACAGCAACUAUUCGUGGAGAUGUUCCAGGACGACCUGGACGCUGGAUUCGGUGGUCCUUUCCCGUCCCAGGCGUCAUCCGACGGCUACGAUCAUCUCUUCCCCUCCUCCUCGUCCUCCUCCUCGCCGUCUUCUGACGGAGCUAACGGCAGCAACAAGCGCGGCAGCGCGGCCGUGAACUCCGGCACGGCCAAGCUCGGCGAGGGGGGCGCUGGCGCUGCCGGCUUCUGCUUCGGGUACAAUGAUUCAAGGCAGCCGUCGAAAGGAGGCAGCAAGAGAAGAAAUGGGAGAAAGCAGAAGGUGUCGUCGAAACACGAUGUCUCAUCCCAUGAUGCCGAGAUCUCAGCUUAGAAUUUAGAAUCACAUUGACCUCUCCAUGUUCAUCUUCAUUUCUCAGUCUCUUCAGUACCUCCGCCGACCCCUCAAAUCUCUGUGACUGUCGCAGAGCCAGCAAUGGAGAGAAACGGUUGAUUUAGCAUUGCUCACCCUGAAGCCUGUAAUCUACAGGUUACAGACCUAAUAUUAUCGUCGACUUGUAUGCGCUCGUUUACUUUAAUUGCUCUAUUGGAUUGAAGGAUUGGGUUGAAUUCAUGGAAUGCUUCUGAUCUUUUCCUAUUCUCA